ACAAUACCUUCGUUUCAUAUGGUUUCACACAUUCAUAAACUACAGUAAGCUUAGAGUUGGGUUUUUUAUGUGGCAUAUUCGUAUCCUGUAGUCAGGAUCUUCAGUUGCGAAUCCUUUAAAACGAGAUUUGCCUAAACAUUUGUUAAAAUGGCGUUUGAGAAAGUUUUUGAGUGCGUAGGUGAGUCCGGAUACUAUCAGUUGAGAAUUUUUCAUAUGAUUUGCCUGGUAUCUAUCCCCGUUGCAUUACAUACGAUGUUGCCUCUGUUUAUAAACGCAGAAACAGAGCACCACUGUGCGACACAGUCUCUGGAAAAUGUUAACUGCUCUUUGUGGAAUCUCAGCGAAGAGGAGUGCGAGAUUGCCAAACUUAACAUAACUCUACCUCAAAAUGACAAAGCUACACCAUUGAUAAAUGAAACUGCUUGCCGAUUUCGGAACAUCCUGGCUAGUGAAUUCAAUCCAUAUAUGAAUGAUUCGCUCAAUGAAUCGUUUGAAACAGUUCAAUGUGAUACUUGGAUCUACGAUAAAUCUCAAUACACACUAACGGUUGUACAACAGUUCAACUUAGUUUGUGGAGAUAGUUCGAAGGUGGCACUGUCUUGGUCAAUUUACUUUGUCGGUGUAAUGGUCGGUGCGUUUUUAUUUGGAAAUUUGGCAGACAUCUUUGGGCGGAAGCCGACAUUCUUUGCAGGCAUUUUGUUACAGCUGGUUUCCGAGUUAAUUGUGGCAUUCUCUCCGUCAUAUUGGGUGUUCGUCUUCUUCCGACUUCUUGUUGGUCUCGCUGAUAUGGGUAUCUAUCUUGUAGGGUUUGUUUUAAUAACUGAAUUUGUAGGUGUUUCCAAACGUGUUCUCGCCGGGUCAGUCUUUGCAAUAUAUUGGGCAAUUGGCUAUAUGGUGAUUGCAUUGCUAGCCUUUCUCAUACGGGAUUGGCGACAUCUGACCAUCGUGGUGACUGCGUUUUCUGCUCUACAACUACUUAUGUAUCCUUUUAUACCAGAGUCUGCACAAUGGCUAAAUGCCCGUGGUAGGACAGACGAAGCCAAAGUAAUCCUUAAGAGAAUUGCAGAGUCGAACAAUCGGGAGCUAGCCGACAGCCAACUGGAUGCAAUUCUCAAAGAAGAUGUUGAUACGAAAGAGAAAUCCACGAAGAAGAACUUUACUGAGUUGUUUCGUCAUCCCAACUUGCGAAAAAAGACUUUGGUGUUAUAUUACGGCUGGUUUGUUAACAGCUGUAUCUACUACGGACUGUCUUUCGGGUCAUCAUCUUUGAAAAUGAACGAUUAUCUAGCCGCUGCCAUGUUUGGUUUUAUCGAGUUACCUGCCUACGCACUCUCCUGGUUUGCUCUGUGGAAAUUAGUCGGCCGCCGAGUAUUAUUGUGUUCGUGCUUAAUAGCAGGAGGCAUCGCUUGCUUCAUGAACAUUUGGAUACCGGAGUCUGAGGCAAAUAUCAGAGCAAUCUGCUCUAUAACUGGAAAAUUCUUCAUCUCAGCUUCUUUUAGUAUCAUCUAUAUGUUCUCCGCUGAGCUUUUCCCGACUGUUGUGAGAUCUGUUGGAGUUGGAUCUUGCUCUACAUUUGCUCGUAUUGGUGGUAUGUUGGCUCCUCAACUAUUAUUCUUCGGCAAAUUUUGGUCCCAACUUCCUUCAGUUGUGUACUCGUUUCUUGCUAUUACCUCCGGGUUUCUGUGUUUACUUCUCCCCGAGACUCGAGGUGUUCCUCUCCCGCAAACGAUUCAAGAUGGAGCAAAUUUCACAAAACAAACGAGAAAAUCAGAGGGAACGAAACAAAAUCGCGACUAUGUUGAGUUACAAACAUCACCACCCAGUGUCGCUGUUUAACGCCAUAGUCGGGUUCUACGGAAUCGAGAAAAAAG